CUUCCAGGUGCCUCUGUCCAGGCUGGUGUGUGGGCUGUGGGCUCCCUCCCCCACCCCAGGUGUCCUGUCCACUCUCAGGAUGGUCACAUGGGCGCUGCUGGAGUGUCCCAUGGCGGAUGCAAAGUUCCUGCAUUUUCUCCCCUCCCCUCAGACCCUCCAAAGGCACACGUGACCCACCACCCUGUCUCUGCCAGUGAGGUCACCCUGAGGUGCUGGGCGCUGGGCUUCUACCCUGCGGACAUCAGCCUGACCUGGCAGCGUGACGGGGAGGACCAGACCCAGGACAUGGAGCUGGUGGAGACCAGGCCUGCGGGGGACGGCACCUUCCAGAAGUGGGCGGCCGUGGGGGUGCCCCCUGGAGAGGAGCAGAGAUACACGUGCCAUGUGCAGCACGAGGGGCUGCCCGAGCCUCUGACCCUGAGAUGGGAGCCGCCUUCUAAGACCUUCAUCUUCAUCAUCAUGGGUGUCGCUGGGGGACUGUUGCUGCUGGGAGCUGUGGUUGGAGCUGUGAUGUGCGGAAGGAGGCGCUCAGGUGGGAAAGGAGGGAGCUACUCUCAGGCUGCCAGCGGUGACAGCUCCCAGGGCUCUGACGUGUCUCUCUCAGCUUCUAAAGCGUGAGGCAGCUGCCUUGUGGGGACUGAGUGAUGGAAGAUGUUCACGCUCCCACUUCCUGGCUCAAGAACCUCUGAUUUGGGUGCUGGCCUGCCCUGCUCCCCACACUUUCCUGUCAGCAGAGGCGGGCUGGGCCCUCCCCAUCCCUGCCUUUACUUCCUGAUGCUCUGAGCUGCAACUUCCAGCUUUGUAUUGAAAUGAGACUGUGGAUUGACCUCGUGUUUUAAUUCUUGCUGUGACUGGUGACGGGUAAUUAAAGGAGACCCUUUAAUUAAUUAUUUUCUCAGUGGAAAUAAAUGGAAGCACCAAGGAUUCUGC